CAACUUCUGCACUGGGAUCACGCGAGAAACGAUCUUCGGGAUGGCAUGCAAAGCGAAACGCUUAACGCCGGCGCAGAGUUUUCAUUAUCCCUCUUGGAAUAGCGAUCGAAUCUAUCGAGAUGUUGUAAUGUGCGCGCGCGUUGGAGCAAGGGGUUCAGUAAUGUAUAAAAACAGCAACCGCAUCUUAGAGCUCUCGUAAACGAGGUCUCUUGCACAUCGGCAUUGUGUGCGUCGUCUCUAACGAAAAAAAUAGACCAUUCCGUACAUCUCUCUGUAAAAAAGUGUUAUCAUGUUCUGUAAGGUGUCUGUGAGCUUAUUUGCUAUAGCAUUUCUUUUUUUAAUCCUCGUUGCGGACGGUGAAGCUCAGUUAAAUUUUUCUACCGAUUGGGGCCAAGGUAAAAGGAGCCAAAAUAUGCGAAUUAGAACAAGUAGUACGGAUUGUUCGUCGCAAGGUGCAUCGCUGGAACAAUUGUUGAAGUUAUACUCGUUUAUUCAGAUCGAAGCUCAGAGGAUCUUGGAUUGCCAAACCUUGAACAAAUGAAUCAGGAAAGUGUCAUUGGUCUUAUCGAUCGGAUUUGUGCCGGAAUUGUCAACCCGAAUUAAAAUUAUAAUAUUUGGAUAAUGUAA